CGUCCUUCGCCCGCUCGCCCCUCUCUCUCACUUUCCCGCUGCCCCUUGCCCGCUCAAGCCCCUUCGCUGCUGCUCCAUCAUGGACUACUCCAAGUGGGACGAUCUGGAGUUUACCGACGACGAGGAGAUUCACUCGCUCGACUUUCCUCACCACCCUUCGAAGCUGGAUGAAUAUCUGCGAUCCCAGCUCACGGGGCUCAAGAACGUCGGCAGUGGCCAGCUCGCGGGCCGCAAGCAUGAUCCGGAGCAGCAGCAGCAGCAGCGCGAGCAGCAGCAACCGCAGUCGUACCUCCGGAUCCACCCCGAGGACAAGACCAAGAUCGAUCCGCUCUUCUUGCAGGACCCAGACCAGUUUUCUCCCGAACCCGAUCCAUCCACGGGCAAGAUGGAGUACUGGGGCGUGCAGAACGACGUCGAUGGCAUGACGCUGAUGAUGCGUCGGAUGAACACCCAAUUCUUCUACACGGGCGCCUACCCGGAGCUGCAGUUUGUCAAUCGCCUCAUGGCGCGCAAGGUCAAGUCGCUCGACGCUGUCCGCCCGCCUGUCAACGACGUCAUCCUCAAGAUCACGAUGGAGGGCAUCUCGCCCGAGCUCUGGCGGCGAUUCCAGGUGCCCGCGUACAUUCCGCUGCACCACCUGCAAGACCUGGUGCUUGCGCCGAUCAUGGGCUGGUGCCGCAACUAUCACGGAUACCUGUUCACGGAUCGGAGGGAUGGAGCGCUCUUUGGGCCCAAAAAGUCCCAGUGCGCCGACAUGAUGCACAUUUACAUGAACGGACAUGCCUUCAUCGACGACCGGUUGUACACCCUCGGCCACAUUCUCGACGUCGAAGGCAGCGAGAUGGGAUUCCUGUACGAUCUGGGCGACCGUUUCCGCCACGAUAUUCGCCUGGAGCGCAUCCUCGACUCCUGUGACGGCCAGUGCAAGUUGCUGGACGGGGCGUUGGCAUGCCCGCCCGAAGACUCGAAAGGGAACCCGUCCCACCAGAAGCUGCUGGAGAAAUGGAUCGAAGCUGGAGACGACGCCACGGCCCGCAGCGAGCUAGUAGCUGUGCAUCUGAAUGCACCCAACCUCGAGACCAAGUCCUACGAUCCAAUGGCGUUUGAUCUGGAUGUGCGCCGGCUCGCUCUGAAAGCGGCGUACGAUCCAAAGGUCUUCGAGUCUGCCAGGCCCUCCUCGUUUGCUCGAUCCGGCCUGGACGACGCAGAAUCCAACGGCAGUGUCUUGAGCAGCCCUGUGCAGAGCUCGCUGGGGCUUCGGGUGCGACCGCCAGGGCAGCCUGGGCCCGAAUGCAUCUACUGCGGAUCCCGGAAGCACCUGAAGCGAUGCUCUCGGUGCAAAGUGGCCAUAUACUGCUCUCGAGAAUGCCAGAAGGCGCACCGUCGCCAACACAAGCCGUUGUGUGUUGCCGCCACUUUGGAAAGCGGCGUUGGUCGGAUCGACGAGCUGUAGCUUGCGGAGCGAUCGUGGGACACUUGCGGCUGACACUGACGACGGCUGGGGAACUUGCUGUUGCCUGGCACCAACUGCGAACUGAUCCAACAAGAGCCAAGCAUGCCCGAUGCGUUCGUUGACCCGACUGACUUUGGCCUGUCUGGUGACAUGUACAUACACUUUACACUCGAGAGAAAGCAAGCCGCAUGCAGUUCCGUCCAUGCAGUUCCGUCCACAGUGCACAUGGGC